AUGGCGGGCGGGCGGAGGCAGAGGCGCGGGCCGGCCGGCGGGCGAGCGCUGCUGCUGCCCGCUGUGCUGCUGUGCCUGUGCUGCCGGGCGGCGCCGGAGCGGCUCCGCUACGCCAUCCCCGAGGAGCUGCCCACAGGCUCGCUCGUGGGGCCGCUGGCACGGGAUCUGGGGCUCAGCCCGGACGAGCUGUCGGCGCGCAAGCUGCGGCUCAGCGAGGAGAAGCAAUACUUCACGGUGAGCGAGGAGAACGGGAACCUGUACGUGAGCGAGAGGCUGGACCGGGAGGAGCUGUGCGGCGAGUCGGCGUCCUGCUCUGUCAGCUUCGAGGCGCUGGUGCACAACCCGCUCAAUGUUUUCCACAUCGAGGUGGCCAUUGAGGACGUGAACGACAAUGCUCCGCGUUUUGUGCGAGACAAAUUUCAGCUGGAGAUUAACGAGUUUACUUCUCCCGGCGCCCGAUUUGCCGUGGGCGUGGCCGAGGACGCAGACGUGGGCAGCAACUCCCUGCAGGCCUACGAGCUGGAAGCCAAUAAGUACUUCGCAGUGGAGGUGAAAGAGAGCCAGGACGGUAAAAAGUUCGCAGAGCUGGUUCUGCACCAUGUGCUGGACCGGGAGAGCGAGCAGACCCUGCGGCUGGUGCUGACUGCUCUGGAUGGCGGAGACCCGCCGCGGAGCAGCACUGCCCAGCUCUGGAUCAAUGUCACCGACGCGAACGACAACCCACCCGUGUUCACGCAGGACCAGUACCGCGCCAGCCUGCGGGAGGACACAUCUCCGGGCUCGACGGUGCUGAAGGUCUCCGCCUCAGAUAUUGACGCCGGCACCAACGCCCACAUCACCUACGGCUUCGGUGAAACGCCAGCCAAGGUACUUCAGAAGUUCGUGAUGGAUGCUGAAACCGGGACGAUCACGAUGCAGGAGGCUCUGGAUUUCGAAGAUACGCGAGGCUACACUCUGUUGGUAGAAGCAAAGGACGGUGGGGGUUUGGUGGCACACUGCAAGGUGGAGUUGGAAGUUCUGGACGUGAACGACAACGCGCCCGAGAUCACGAUUCUGUCACUGUCGAGCCCGGUGCCCGAGGACGCGCCAGCCGGCACCGUGGUGGCCCUGCUGAAAAUUCAGGAUCGGGACUCGGGCGAGAACGGUGAGGUGUCUUGCGAGCUGUCGGGAGAGGCGCCGCUGUCGAUCGUGGCGUCGUCGGGCGGCUCGUACAAGGUGGUGACGGCGAGCGCGCUGGACCGCGAGCAGGCGUCCGAGCACCGCGUGACGGUGGUGGCCCGGGACCGGGGCAGGCCGGCGCUGUGGAGCGAGGCGGAGCUGGUGCUGGAGGUGUCGGACCCGGCGCUGUCGGCCACGGCCACGCUGCACGUGGUGCUGGCCGACAGCUUGCAGGAGGCGCUGCCGGAGCUGAGCGAGCGGCCGGCGGGCGCCGAGGCGCCGGCCGAGCUGCAGUUCUACCUGGUGCUGGCGCUGGCGCUGCUGUCGGCGCUCUUCGUGCUCAGCGUGGCGCUGGCCGUGCUGGGGCGGCUGCGCCGGGCCGGGCCGCCCGCCGUGCUGCGCUGCCUGGGCGCGCAGCGCUUCUCGCUGGCCGGCGCCGCCUUCCCGCCCGACUUCUGCGAGGGCACCUUGCCCUACUCCUACAACCUGUGCGUGGCCGCGCCGGCCCGCGCCGCCGCCGAGGCCGCUUGGCCGCCGCCGCCGCUGCCCAUCCUGCCCGCCGAGGAGCUUCUGUCCGGGGAGCCCUGCGACAAGCCGAGCCCGAGCAGCAGCGCCGUCGCGGGAGAGCCGCCCACAGACCCUGACGCACCGCAGUGCCGGGAGGAGGCUGCGGGCGCCGCUGUUGACCGAGAGGAGCGAGAGGAAGUGACGAUCCGUGCUGCAGCGAGGCGGAGAGUCCGGCGGCACCAGCCGGGAGCGGCGAACAGCAAAGCUUAUCGGCUGGCGGCAGCUGGGAUCUGCCGGCAGUGUUGCGGUGCCGGCGGUGCGGCGGCGGUGAUGUGCUCGGCGGGGAGGCGCUGGGGCCGGCGGCAGCGAGUCCUGCUCUGGGGCGUCCUGCUGGCGGCCUGGGAGGCGGCGUGGGGGCAGCUGCGCUACUCGGUGCCCGAGGAGAUGCCCAAGGGUUCGUUCGUGGGCGACGUGGCCAAGGACCUGGGGCUGCAGCUGCCGGAGCCCCCAGACCGUGGUGUCCGAGUUGUCUCUGAAGGUAGAACGCAGUAUUUUGCUCUGCACGGGAAGACGGGACAUUUAAUGACGGCCGAGAGGAUCGACAGAGAGCAGCUGUGCGAGAGUGUGGAGCAAUGCGUGCUGCGCUGUGAGCUGAUAGUGGAGGGACAGAUGCAGGUUUAUGAAAUAGAAGUAGAAAUCAUGGACAUUAAUGACAACGCCCCGAGCUUCAAGGAUAUUGAGAUAGUAAAGAGAACUAGCGAGACAACAGCCCCGGGGUCGCGAUUUUCCCUGGCUGAGGCUCAUGACCCGGAUUCGGGACGGAAUUCCUUACAGAGCUACGAUCUGAGCGGCGACGAGCACUUCUCGCUGGCCGUGCAGACGGGCCCCGGCGGGGAUCAGCGUCCCGAGCUGGUGCUGGCGAAGGCGCUGGACCGGGAGGAGGCGGCGUUCCACGAGCUGGUGCUGAGGGCGAUGGACGGCGGCGAUCCGGCCCGGACGGGCACGGCGCGGAUCCGCGUGACGGUGGUGGACGCAAACGACAACGCGCCCGUGUUCAGCCAGGCGGAGUACACGGUGCGUGUGCCGGAGGAUGUGCCCGUGGGCUCCACCCUCGUCACUGUCACGGCCACCGACCCCGACGAGGGUAUAAACGGGCACGUGGAAUACUCGUUGAAGAAAAUAACAGAAAAAGGAACAAAGAUAUUACAGCUCGACUCUGAGACGGGAGCGAUCACGUUAGUGCAGAGCCUUGAUUAUGAAGAAGGCGAUUCCUACGAACUGGAGGUGCAGGCACAGGACGGAGGAGGGCUUUCAGACACGGUGAAAGUUACGAUUGCCGUGACAGACAUAAACGAUAAUUUUCCCGAGAUUUCUGUGAGGUCUGCACUAAAUGAGAUUUCGGAGGACGCCCCUACAGGGACGGUGGUGGCCCUGCUGCACGUGCGGGACCGAGACUCCAGGGCCAACGGCGAGGUGCGCUGCUCCCUUGACGGGGAUGUCCCCUUCCGCCUGGAGCGCUCGCAGGGCAGCUACUACCGCGUGGUGACAGCGAGAGAGCUGGACCGGGAGCAGCAGUCGGAGUACAACGUGACGGUGCGGGCGUCCGACGGCGGGUGGCCGGCGCUGCAGAGCAGCAGGGUGCUGGCGCUGCGGGUGCUGGACGUGAACGACAACGCGCCGGUGUUCUCGCAGGAGCGCUACAGUUUUCAAAAAUCCAGCCCAAAGGCGGCUGCAGUGCUGCGGCGGCGCCUCCGGGUGUCGCUGUUGGCCGCCGCCGAGCGGCGCUGGAGCCGCAGCCGCCGCCGCCGCAGCGAGCCGUCCGAGCGCCGAGAGCCGGCGCUGGCGACAAUGGCGGGCGGGCGGAGGCAGAGGCGCGGGCCGGCCGGCGGGCGAGCGCUGCUGCUGCCCGCUGUGCUGCUGUGCCUGUGCUGCCGGGCGGCGCCGGAGCGGCUCCGCUACGCCAUCGCCGAGGAGCUGCCCACAGGCUCGCUCGUGGGGACGCUGGCACGGGACCUGGGGCUCAGCCCGGACGAGCUGCCGGCGCGCAAGCUGCAGGUGGCGUCUGCCGGCAAAAGGCAGCUGAAAUACUUCACCGUGAACGAGGAGAACGGGAACCUGUACGUGAGCGAGAGGCUGGACCGGGAGGAGCUGUGCGGCAAAUCGGCGUCCUGCUCCAUCAGCUUCGAGGCGCUGGUGCACAACCCGCUCAACUUUUUCCAUGUUGAUGUGACAAUCGAGGAUGUGAACGACAACUCCCCGUCUUUCAGCAAGGCUGCUUUGGAACUCGAGAUCGGCGAAUUAAUUCCACCCGGUGCCCGUUUUCCUCUGGAGAUGGCACAAGAUACAGAUGCAGGAAGGAACUCGUUGUUGAGUUACGAGCUCACCAGCAACCCAUCCUUCUCUCUUGCUCUGAAGGAGAGGCCGGGUGGAAAGAAGCAGCCGGAAUUAGUGCUGGAGAGAGCAUUGGAUCGGGAGAAGCAGAGUUCUUUUGAGCUGGUGCUGACGGCAGUGGAUGGAGGGGACCCUGCGAGGUCCGGGACUGUUCAGGUUCGCAUCAACGUGACGGAUGCCAAUGACAACCCACCCGUGUUCAGCAAAAUACUGUACGAGGCACGAGUGGCGGAGAAUCUGCCAGCGGGGUCGCUGGUCCUGCAGGUGCGGGCCACAGAUGCGGACGCGGGAUCCAAUGGGCGGGUCUUCUUCUCCUUCGGUAACGUGCCGGGCGAGAUCCGCGAGUUGUUCACGGUCGACAGCGAGAGCGGCGAGAUCAGGACUGCGGGUCCCCUCGAUUUCGAGAAGAAGAGUAAAUACAGCUUUGAACUGGAGGCGACGGACGGAGGCGGGCUCACUGAUCACUGUGAAGCGCAGAUAGAUAUCACAGACGAGAACGACAACGCACCCGAGAUCACGAUUCUGUCGUUAUCGAGCCCGGUGCCCGAGGACGCGCCGGUCGGCACCGUGGUGGCCCUGCUGAACGUGAACGACCCCGACUCCGGCGAGAAUGGUGAGGUGUCGUGCGAGCUGUCGGGAGAGGCACCGCUGUCGAUCGUGGCGUCGUCGGGCGGCUCGUACAAGGUGGUGACGGCGAGCGCGCUGGACCGCGAGCAGGCGUCCGAGCACCGCGUGACGGUGGUGGCCCGGGACCGGGGCAGGCCGGCGCUGUGGAGCGAGGCGGAGCUGGUGCUGGAGCGCUUCUCGCUGGCCGGCGCCGCCUUCCCGCCCGACUUCUGCGAGGGCACCUUGCCCUACUCCUACAACCUGUGCGUGGCCGCGCCGGCCCGCGCCGCCACCGAGGCCGCUUGGCCGCCGCCGCCGCUGCCCAUCCUGCCCGCCGAGGAGCUUCUGGCCGGGGAGCCCUGCGACAAGCCGAUCCUGAGCAGCAGCGCCGUCGCGGGAGAGCCGCCCGCCGACCCCGCACCGCAGUGCCGGGAGGAGGCUGCGGGCGCCGCUGUUGACCGAGAGGAGCGAGAGGAAGGUCGGAGCGCUGCAGCCCCGCCCGCUGCGGACCGGCUCGAUCGCUGCCUGACAGGAUCGGCUGCUGGACGAUCUGUGCUCUUUCCCGCCGUGACGAUCCGUGCUGCAGCGAGGCGGAGAGUCCGGCGACACCAGCCGGGAGCGGCGAACAGCAAAGCUUAUCGGCUGGCGGCAGCUGGGAUCUGCCGGUAGUGUUGCGGUGCCGGCGGUUCAGCGGCGGCGAUGUGCCCGGCGGGGAGGCGCUGGGGCCGGCGGCAGCGAGUCCUGCUCUGGGGCGUCCUGCUGGCGGCCUGGGAGGCGGCGUGGGGGCAGCUACGCUACUCGGUGCCCGAGGAGAUGCCCAAGGGUUCGUUCGUGGGCGACGUGGCCAAGGACCUGGGGCUGCAGCUGCCGGAGCCCCCAGACCGUGGUGUCCGAGUUGUCUCUGUCGGUAGGACGCAGUAUUUUACUCUGCACGGGAAGACGGGACAUUUAAUGACGGCCGAGAGGAUCGACAGAGAGCAGCUGUGCGAGAGUGUGGAGCAAUGCGUGCUGCGCUGUGAGCUGAUAGUGGAGGGACAGAUGCAGGUUUAUGAAAUAGAAGUAGAAAUCAUGGACAUUAAUGACAACGCCCCGAGCUUCAAGGAUAUUGAGAUAGUAGAGAGAAUGAGCGAGACAACAGCCCCGGGGUCGCGAUUUUCCCUGGCUGAGGCUCACGACCCCGACUCGGGACGGAAUUCCUUACAGAGCUACGAGCUGAGCGGUGACGAGCACUUCUCGCUGGCCGUGCAGACGGGUCCUGACGGGGAUCAGCGUCCCGAGCUGGUGCUGGCGAAGGCGCUGGACCGGGAGGAGGCGGCGUUCCACGAGCUGGUGCUGAGGGCGAUGGACGGCGGCGAUCCGGCCCGGACGGGCACGGCGCGGAUCCGCGUGACGGUGCUGGACGCGAACGACAACGCGCCCGUGUUCAGCCAGGUGGAGUACACGGUGCGUGUGGCGGAGGAUGUGCCCGUGGGCUCCACCCUCGUCACUGUCACGGCCUCCGACCCCGACGAGGGUAUAAACGGGCACGUGGAAUACUCGUUGAAGAAAAUAACAGAAAAAGGAACAAAGAUAUUACAGCUCGACUCUGAGACGGGAGCGAUCUCGUUAGUGCAGAGCCUUGAUUAUGAAGAAGGCGAUUCCUACGAACUGGAGGUGCAGGCACGGGAUGGAGGAGGACUUUCAGACACGGUGAAAGUUACGAUUGCCGUGACAGACAUAAACGAUAAUUUUCCCGAGAUUUCGGUGAGGUCUGCACUAAAUGAGAUUUCGGAGGACGCCCUUACAGGGACGGUGGUGGCCCUGCUACAGGUGCGGGAUCUUGACUCCAGGGCCAACGGCGAGGUGCGCUGCUCCCUUGACGGGGAUGUCCCCUUCCGCCUGGAGCGCUCGCAGGGCAGCUACUACCGCGUGGUGACAGCGAGAGAGCUGGACCGGGAGCAGCAGUCGGAGUACAACGUGACGGUGCGGGCGUCCGACGGCGGGUGGCCGGCGCUGCAGAGCAGCAGGGUGCUGACGCUGCGGGUGCUGGACGUGAACGACAACGCGCCGGUGUUCUCGCAGGAGCGCUACAGCGCGCGUCUGCGGGAGAACAACGCGGCGGGCGCGCUGGUGCUGGUGGUGCGGGCGACGGACGCCGACUGGGGUGGGAACGCGCGCGUGCGGUACCGGCUGGCGGAGGGGCGGGUGCGGGGCGCGCCGCUGAGUUCAUUGUGGAAUGUCGAGAGCGAGACCGGCGAGAUCAGAACUGUGAGACCCCUCGAUUUCGAGAAGAAGAGUAAAUACAGCUUUGAACUGGAGGCGACGGACGGAGGUGGGCUCACCGAUCACUGUGAAGUGAAGAUAGACAUCACGGACGAGAAUGACAACGCACCCGAGAUCACGAUUCUGUCGCUGUCGAGCCCGGUGCCCGAGGACGCGCCAGCCGGCACCGUGGUGGCCCUGCUGAAAAUUCGGGACAGAGACUCGGGCGAGAACGGUGAGGUGUCGUGCGAGCUGUCGGGAGAGGCGCCGUUGUCGAUCGUGGCGUCGUCGGGCGGCUCGUACAAGGUGGUGACGGCGAGCGCGCUGGACCGCGAGCAGGCGUCCGAGCACCGCGUGACGGUGGUGGCCCGGGACCGGGGCAGGCCGGCGCUGUGGAGCGAGGCGGAGCUGGUGCUGGAGGUGUCGGACGUGAACGACAACGCGCCGCGCUUCUCGCUGGCCGGCGCCGCCUUCCCGCCCGACUUCUGCGAGGGCACCUUGCCCUACUCCUACAACCUGUGCGUGGCCGCGCCGGCCCGCGCCGCCGCCGAGGCCGCUUGGCCGCCGCCGCCGCUGCCCAUCCUGCCCGCCGGGGAUCUUCUGGCCGGGGAGCCCUGCGACAAGCCGAGCCCGAGCAGCAGCGCCGUCCCGGGAGAGCCGCCCACAGACCCCGACGCACCACAGCUGCCCGUGGGCGAGGCAGGGCGGGCAUCUCUCGGCAGCGCUCGGUGCCUGCAGUGCCGGGAGGAGGCUGCGGGCGCCGCUGUUGACCGAGAGGAGCGAGAGGAAGCGGCGGGGAUCUGCCGGUGUUGUUGCGGUGCCGGCGGUGCGGCGGCGGUGAUGUGCUCGGCGCGGAGGCGCUGGGGCCGGCGGCAGCGAGUCCUGCUCUGGGGCGUCCUGCUGGCGGCCUGGGAGGCGGCGUGGGGGCAGCUGCACUACUCGGUGCCCGAGGAGAUGCCCAAGGGCUCGUUCGUGGGCGACGUGGCCAAGGACCUGGGGCUGCAGCUGCCGGAGCCCCCAGACCGUGGUGUCCGAGUUGUCUCUGAAGACAGGACGCAGUAUUUUGCUCUGCACGGGAAGACGGGACAUUUAGUGACGGCUGAGAGGAUCGACAGAGAGCAGCUGUGCCGGCUGGUGGAGAAAUGCGUGCUGCGCUGUGAGCUGAUAGUGGAGGGGGAAAUGAAGUUUUACGAAAUCGAAGUAGAAGUCACGGACAUCAAUGACAACGCGCCCAGCUUCCACGAACCAGAAAUAGAACUUAGAACUAGCGAGACGACGGCUCCGGGGUCGCGGUUUCCCCUGGCUGAGGCUCAUGACCCGGAUUCGGGACAGAAUUCCCUGCAGAGCUACGAGCUGAGCGGCGACGAGCACUUCUCGCUGGCCGUGCAGACGGGCCCCGGCGGGGAUCAGCGUCCCGAGCUGGUGCUGGCGAAGGCACUGGACCGGGAGGAGGCGGCGUUCCACGAGCUGGUGCUGAGGGCGAUGGACGGCGGCGAUCCGGCCCGGACGGGCACGGCUCGGAUCCGCGUGACGGUGGUGGACGCGAACGACAACGCGCCCGUGUUCAGCCAGGCGGAGUACACGGUGCGUGUGCCGGAGGACGUGCCCGUGGGCUCCGUCCUCGUCACCGUCACGGCCACGGACACUGAUGAGGGUCUGUACGGCUACGUGAAAUACUCGUUGAAAAAACUGUCGGACAUGGCAUCGGGUAUUUUCCAUCUGAACGCUGAGACUGGAGAGAUCACGCUAAUGAGAAGCCUGGACUUCGAGGAAGGCGACUACUAUGAACUUGAAGUGCAGGUGCAUGACGGUGGAGGCCUUUUCGACACAGCCAAAGUCACGAUCGCAGUUACAGAUGUCAAUGAUAACGCACCUGAGAUUUCGGUGCGGUCGGCACUAAAUGAGAUCUCAGAGGACUCCCCGACGGGGACUGUUGUUGCCCUGCUGCACGUGCAGGACCGAGACUCGGGUGCCAACGGAGAGGUGCGCUGCUCCCUUGACAGGGAUGUCCCUUUCCACCUGGAGAACUCGCAGGGCAGCUACUACCGCGUGGUGACAGCGAGAGAGCUGGACCGGGAGCAGCAGUCGGAGUACAACGUGACGGUGCGGGCGUCCGACGGCGGGUGGCCGGCGCUGCAGAGCAGCAGGGUGCUGGCGCUGCGGGUGCUGGACGUGAACGACAACGCGCCGGUGUUCUCGCAGGACUGCUGCGACACCCUCCCGGCCCGCCCGCCGCCCGACGAGCCCGCCCCGCUGCUCGGAGAGGAGGAACCUGCCGGUGACCGUCCCACCGACCCGGCCCCUCCCCCGGUGGAGUCCAAGAACUGA